AUGUCAACACCACCUGCAUUAUACACUCUGACAGCAGUGCAAGUACUGGAACUGCUCAAAACCAAUACCAUCACAGUCGAGGCCUAUGCGCAAUCUGUUCUCGACCGCAUCCGCGACCGGGACCAUAUUGUCAAGGCAUGGGCCCAUCUCGCACUUCACCUGAGCAAACGCCAGAUCAAGAGCUUGUUCUACGCCGAACUCGAGAACUUGAUCAUGUGCCACAAAAUCAGAGAGGACCGCUGCAUGGAGUGA